AUGCAGAGGUGGGGGCUGUGGGCCGCUGCCUCCCUGAGCCUCGUCUGUGCCCAGGCCUUUCCACAGACAGACGUCAACAUCAGCCCAGCCCUGCCAGAGCUGCCUCAGACGUCCCUGUGUCCUCUGUUCUGGAUGGAGUUCAAAGGCCACUGCUAUCGAUUCUUUCCUCUCAAUAAGACCUGGGCCGAGGCUGACCUCCACUGUUCCGAGUUCUCCAUCGGCAGGAAAUCCGCCAAACUGGCCUCCAUCCAUAGCUGGGAGGAGAACGUCUUUGUGUACGACCUGGCCAACAGCUGUGUGCCCGGCAUCCCCACGGACAUCUGGACGGGCCUCCACGAUCAUCGACAGGAAGGGCAGUUUGAGUGGACGGACAACUCCUCCUACGACUACAGCUACUGGGACGGCAGCCAGCCGGAUGACGGGGUCCACGCGCGGCCGGAGGAGGAGGACUGUGUGCAGAUGUGGUACCGGCCGGCCAGCGCUCUGAGGUCAUGGAAUGAUAACGCCUGCAGCCGGAAGUUCCCUUUUGUSUGCAAGAUCCCACCUCUGAGCGUUAACUGA